AAACUGCCAAAAAUAUCGAAAAUAUACUAACAAUGUUUGACCGACUGACAGAGUCUGAAUGGUGAAUAGUGAUUAUUGACUUAUGUUUCCAAACUCUCUCACUCACUCACUCACUCACUCCAUUCCAUUCUUCCUCAGCUACCGUUUCAUUCAUUCAAGUUUCAUAUAUGAUGAUAUUAUAACUCUCAUUUAUGUUCCUUAACUCUCUUCCUUUUUCUCCUCCUUUAAAGGAAUUUUGGCCUUUGAGGAGUUGUGAGUUGGAUUCCUUAUGAACUUUAAGGAUUCAACUGGAUGUGAAGAAGGAAACAUGGACAGAAAUGCCCCAUCAUUGGACUUGGACCUAAACAAUCUUCCUCCUGGUGAGGAAAUUCAGGGCCAAGGAAAUGGUCAUUCUCAAGAACAACGAGCUACCAAUGAUGUUGAGGCUAGUGAUGAUGAUGUUGUAAUCAUUUCGCCAACGAAAUUCGCAGAGGCCAAGAAGUAUUCUAGGAGAAGACGUUAUGGAAUAGAAUUGCCUAGGGAAGCAUUGACAGGUUGGCUAUUUCUUAACAAUGCUAGACACACAACUCCAAAUGACCAAACACCUAUCAGAUCGGAGCCUGGCCAGAACUUUCAAGAAUUUAACCAAACUCAGAAUGUUGUGACCGGCGUUCCCAUGGCCCCAUCGCCCCAAAGUAAGCCUGCAAUUUCGCCUACCUUCAUUUGUGGAAUUUGCAUGGACCAGUUGACUGAAGAAACAUCAACAAAAUGUGGUCACAUUUUCUGCAAGAAGUGCAUUGAGGUAGCCAUAGCUACUCAAAAAAAAUGUCCAACAUGCCGCCAAAAACUUAAGAAAAGAGAUAUCAUCAGGGUUUACCUUCCAACAUCCAGUUAGAUAAAAAAAAUUUAUGUCUUCUGAGAAUAAUUUAGAGAAUAUGUAGCUGGUGAAAGAUGCUAUAUUUUUUCUCAUCCAGGAACUGGAAAAAUUCAUAAGAUAUCAGCAUUUUGUGUUGUUGGAUAACAAAAGAAUUCAUUGUUGGUACUGGUUCA